CGAGCCUCCAAAACCAAAACCCAAAGACCAACCUCCCUUUAUCUUCUUCUCUUUACUUUUAUUUUUUAUGUAUUUAAAUUUUUUAUUUUUUUCUGUACAAUUAUCUCGCAAUAAUCUCCUCGAUUAGGGAAUCGCCUGGUUCGAUUGUGUGACUCGAGAUCGGCCAAACCAAGCAGUGGGUGAAUGGAAACGAUGAGGUGCUUUUUCUUGUUCUUUUUUCUCUUGCAGAUAACUAAUAAAGAUGGAAUCUCACGAUGAAACUGGAUGCCAAACUCCAGACCGCCCUAUCCUUUGCGUUAACAACUGUGGAUUCUUUGGAAGGGCCGCUACAAUGAACAUGUGUUCUAAAUGUUACAAGGACACACUCCUAAAACAGGAGCAAGCCAAUUUUGCUGCUUCAUCCAUUGACAGCAUUGUGAAUGGCAGCAGUAGCAGCAUUGGCAUUGGCCCAGUCGUUGCAGGUGUUGUUGAUGUGCAAGCUGGACAAGUGGAGACAAGAGUUAUUUCAACAGAACCAUCCAUUGACUCGUCUUCGAGCAUGGUGUUUGAGGUGAAAGAAAAAGAGGGACCAAGCAGAUGCACUACUUGCCAAAAGCGUGUUGGUUUAACUGGCUUCAAUUGCAAAUGUGGAAACACCUUCUGUGCAAGUCAUCGUUAUUCUGACAAACAUGACUGUCCUUUUGAUUAUAGGACUGCUGGUCAAGAUGCUAUUGCAAAAGCCAAUCCUGUUGUCAAGGCAGAGAAACUUGAUAAGAUCUAGUACUCAUGGGCUGAACUGAAGAUUUGUGUAUUGAAAGAUGAUGGUACUCUUUCUUGGUUUCGUGUCUUGUUAGGUCUCCUAAUGGUAAAAAUGCUAAGUCAUGAUAAUGAGGACAUGAUUUUAUGGGAACUCUAUUCCUAGUUGGUGAAGUAUUCCUUUGCUGGCUCCAGUGUGUAAGUCUUUAUUAUUGUUGGUUUGAUGGAUGUCUUUGGAGCAAUGUUUCAGUAUGGUCUUCUGCUUCGUAUGCAUUUCUUUAUUGCAGUACAUGGAAAUAUGAAAAUUUCAGCCUUCGGUACAA